AUGAUUCGGUCGGUACAUCUCGUCAUAUUCUUUGUCUUGGGGGCGUAUGGUGAUAGAACUAACAAACCUUUUGCUAUUCCUGUUCAUGAAAGAGAAGGUCAUGCUUAUAGGAUUCCCACUGAUAACCUUAGAGAACACUUGAACUUCACCUCUAUAGCUCUAUAUGCUACGCAAAACAGCGGUUUGUUUGCAGAAUACAAUGAAAAAACUCAUUGUGCUGAGUUUUACACACCUCGAACAUAUGAAAAGAAGUGUGAUGGCAUCUUCUUCUUGCUUCAUUCUGAUCACUAUAAAUAUACAAGAUACCCUUUCAAACAAUACCUCGUCAACAGACCCAGAGGUUGUGCAGACCCUUUACAAUAUAGAGGCACUUUGCUUAUCCUGGAUAAACCGGAUCGAAUAGUCACUGGAUUUCCAAAGCCUAAGUACAUAGGAAACUUCAUUGAAAGAGACAAUACAAUUUCUUAUUACUUAAAUGGAAAGCCUGUCGUCAUCGAACUGGUUACCAAAAAAAUGGCCGAGGAACUGCUUCCCGGGGAUAGAUUCGAAAUUUUAUGUAAAGUUCCAAGAAAUUGA